AUGUCUGCUGAAGAUCUGGGGACGAGGGAGCUGGGGCAGGUGCGUGGGCAGAGGUUGGAUGAGUUCCUGGCCACACUUCGCUUACUACACAAUCCAUCAACGAAUUCCAAGAUCGGUGUACCUGCCUUGGACAAGCUUCUCGCCAAUUACACUACACGAUUCGAUCCUACAAACCUUUCUGCCAUACCCACACCUCCGAUCAUUGAGAUCACUAGUCCAGGACCAAAAAGUGGCAAGACUGAGCUUUUGUACUGGAUGAUCGCAAACUUGGUACUGGGAAGUGAUGGUCGUGAUACAACUGAGCAUGACGAGCCGCGAAAGACACCAGACCACGCCAGAGACCAAACAUCCACAGACUCAGAAGCUCAAAUGGAAGGAGAUGAUACAGAUCUCGAGACAAAUACCACACACAACCCAACUACAGGACAACCAGACCAUCAAAUCCCUCCACCAUCAACCAAUCUCAGAGAACACCACCAUACCGCACCAACAACAAUAGCCUUGCUCGUCACUUCUGCCCCAGACAUCACCCGUCUAUCACAAAUCCUGCUCCACCAUCUCCUCUCCUCUUCGCCCCACCUCGCUCUCCCUACCGCCAAAUCUCUCGUUCACUCUGCUCUCUCCCACAUCCACAUCUUCCAACCUACAUCUCUAUCCUCUCUGAUCGCCACUGUAUCUUCUAUACCAACGUACUUCCUCGACCCCAAGAACGGGAGCGCGAAAAGGAGAGUCGGCGCCAUCAUCAUUGAUUCGCCAUCCGACUACUUCUGGGCGGACAAAGUGGGCACUCAAGGUCAGGGACAAGGACAGCAGGGACAACAGACACAAGGGAAAUAUCCAGCUCUGGCAUCGACACUCAAACGCAUCUCUACCACCCUCUGCACUCCAAUCGUUUUCAGCACUGCAUGUCUCUCCACCACCUCUGCCACCUCUGCCACCUCUGACACUCAGGCAUCACGACCACAACUUCCCUCUCCCUUCCCAACACUCCCAACUCUACGCUUGAUAAUCUCCAGACACGCCAUCCAGGGCUUCAACAAAGAUACAGAUGCAGAAACAGCGCUGAAAUGCAAACAAGGCAGGGUCAAAGCAGUCAGAGAGGCAGGCUUUGGGAUCAGAGUCAACAAAUGGGCCAACGAAGGUCAACGGGACGGCAGUGGUGAUGGAGAUACAGCAGGAUUUGAGGUCAGGAUCAACAAUAAAGGCGUCACUGUGCUAUGA